AUGUCGUCUUCGCGUCUCUUCGAGCCUCUCAAGAUAGGCAACAUUACCGUGAACCAUCGCAUUGGCAUGGCUCCCCUCACUCGCAUGCGCGCCACCGACGAGCGCAUUCCCACGCCCCUCAUGAAAGAAUACUACAGCCAACGCGCCGCCGUCCCGGGCACUUUAAUCCUUACAGAGGGCACAUUCAUCUCACCCAAUUGUGGCGGGUUCCCCAACGCACCAGGUAUAUGGAGUGAUGAGCAGGUGGAAGCGUGGAAGCCCAUUACGGAAGAGGUGCAUCGCAAGGGAUGCUUCAUCUUCUGCCAGAUUUUUGCGAUGGGAAGAGCGGCACAGAAGGAAGUCGCGGAGAAGGAAGGGGUUCCGAUCAUUGCACCCUCAGCGAUUCCUAUUGAUGCUGAUUCUGCUGUGCCGAGGGAGAUGACGAUGGACGAGGUGAAGCAGGUUGUUCUCGACCACGUCAAAGCAGCAGAGAACGCUAUCAAGGCUGGCUUUGACGGUGUCGAGGUCCACGGUGCCAACGGAUACAUGCUGGACCAAUUCCUCCAAGAUACCGCCAACCACCGCACCGACGCCUACGGCGGCAGCAUCGAGAACCGCACCCGCCUCCUCCACGAAACCAUCCAAGCCGUCGCCGAAGCCAUCACCCCGGAGCGGGUCGGCCUCCGCCUGAGCCCCUUCAGCACUUUCCAAAGCAUGCGCAUGGCCGACCCCAUCCCCCAGUUCACGGACGUCAUCACCAAAGCCAAAGCUACCAAUUUGGCCUACAUCCACCUCGUCGAGUCACGCAUUUCCGGAGCCAGCGACGCAGCCGCCCUCGAUAGUCUCGAUUUCGCUUACGAGCUCUGGGGCAAUGACAGACCGUUGCUCGUGGCAGGUGGGUUCACUCCGCUGGAGGCGCAGCAGCUCGUGGAGGAGCGGUAUCCGGAGAAGAAGAUUGUUGUGAUUUUUGGGAGGCAUUUUUUGGCGAAUCCGGACUUGGUCUAUAGGAUGAGGCGAGGUUUGGAGUUGAAUGCGUACAAUCGGGAGACUUUCUACUUACAGCAGAGCCCGGUGGGCUAUGUGGAUUACAAGUUCAGCGAUGCUUACUUGGCCGAACAUGGGGUAGUAUCUGGCUACAAAUAA